AUGGCCUCUCUGGGACCUCCACCGCCUGGGAUCGACCUCCAGGCGAGCAGAGCGGGUAAUCUGGUUGCAACAUGGGCAUCGACAUGGGGUUUGGCGGUGGCGGCGGUUAUUCUGCGUGUGGUGUGUAGGAAGCUGGCAAAGAUUUGGUUUUGGUUGGACGAUUGGUUCAUUAUCGUUUCUUUGCUGUUUUCUGGCGGAUUCACUUUUACAGUCACUAUCUACAUGGUGAACAACGGGUUCUGCAAGCAUAUAUGGGCUGGCCCACCAGAUGCUACUCGAGAUUGGGCGCUGGGACUGUUCACGACGGAGUUUACCUACACUUUCAGCCUCAUGUUGAUCAAGUUUUCGAUUCUGGCUUUUUACUGGAGAAUCUUUAGCGUCCAAUUUAUAGACAAGCUGCUGCUUUGGGUCUUGGCCGGGAUGGUUGCUUGCUGGACGAUUGCGUCUAUUCUUACUUCGGCGUUUCAAUGUGUACCGAUAUCUGCUCUUUGGCAGCAGUUUGACCCUGUUCAUCCGACGGAUCCAUCGACGUUUACGUGCGGCGUCGACAUUCACAAGCUUUUCAUCGGAAAGACGGUUCCUCAUAUUAUUACCGAUAUGCUCAUUCUGCUGUUCCCGGUGCCGUAUAUCUGGGGCUUGCAUUUACGCAUGUCGCAGAAGGUUGCGACUGCGUGUGUCUUUAUGCUGGGUAUCUUUGUCCUCGUUGUGUCUAUUGUGCGAUUCGUGUUCGUGCUCGAGCUAGACUUGUCGUCUGAAGAUGUUACGUGGGAUGAAUGCACGGAGAUGAAAUGGACUGGGGUUGAAGUGAAUAUUGGUACCGUUUGUGCUUGUCUUCCAUCCUUGAAACCGUUGUUGAAUCUUGUCCUGUAUGGAAGAAUUCACCCAAAGUCGCAUAGGCCGAGUGUAACAGAUGCACACACUUUACUUGAGAUUGCGGAAGCGACGAAACGGCGAUAUCGGCGCCCAUCGGGUGCAAAUGUCUCGAGCGCAUAUAUAUUUGCGUCGAUGAGGGGAGCGAUGGAUGAUCCGGAUAUAUUUGAACGACUUUCGGGGAGUGAAGUUGCGAGCGAAGUUGCGACUACAGCGGAUACUACGCCGGGUAUUGAGAUGGAGAAUACCAGAGAUAUUUCCAAGGAAACUGGUUGA